UCCUCGCCGGUCUUUUUGAGUGGGUUAGUUUUUAGAUGCGAAUGAAUUUUCAAGUGAAAAUAUGGAAUCCAGUGACAAUUGUCCUAUCAGAGUGAAAAAGGAGCCUAGCGAUGUGCCACUUUUUGAAAACGAUAGUGAAAUGAUUGACGAGAAACCUGAUAUUAAGAAUUUCCAACUCUUACCACAUCUACAAGAAAAUUCGACCCAUUUCAUUCGAAAAUUUGAUGAAAAUCAUGAUGGUGAAUUUGGUGACAAAGUGGAAAUAAUCGUUGAAUGUGAAGACGUCAAGCCAAAUAUCAAUUUACUACAAGUUGAAAAAAUUGACGAUGAUUCCAAAAUAAAAGGUAGUGAUUAUGAAAUUCGUAAAGCAAUAAAAUUCGAGAUAGUGGGUAAAGUAAAACAAGAAGUCAUUGACGACGAUGCAGAUGAAUCGACUUGGAAUUUCGACUCUAAACAGAAAAAGAAAAGAAGAAAUACGAAAAAAAUGAACAAAGAUCAUAACCUCAAAUCACACAUCGGUAAGGUGCACAAUGAUACAACUUACGCCUGUGAAAUAUGUGUAAAAAAAUUUUCAAAUAUAAGAAGUCUUAAACGACACGUCAACGAAAUGCAUAAUGGUUUCAAACAUAAGUGCGACGGUAAAAAAUGUAAUCUUAAAAUCGAUACGAAACGUAAAGGUAUGACCCACGCAUGUGAUAUGUGUGGAAAAACAUUCGCAAAUAGAAGCAAUCUACUAAAACACAUCAAGCCGAUACAUAAUGGCAUUGCUUAUGCAUGUGAUAUUUGCAAAAAGGCAUUCUCAAGCAAGAAUUAUCUCAAAACCCACAUCAAUUCGAUACAUAAUGGGGUGUUCCACACAUGUGAUUUUUGCGGAAAAUCAUUUGCUCAAAAAGUUAGACUCAAAUAUCACAUAGAUACGGUACAUGAUGGUGUCAAGCAUACUUGUGAUGUAUGUGGGAAGACAUUUUCAAACAAGAGUACUCUCAAAAUCCACAUCGAUUCAGUACAUCAUAAAAUUAAGCAUGCAUGUUAUAUAUGCCUAAAGACAUACUCAAAUAAGAGAGGUCUCAAAAUCCACAUCGAUGCCAUGCACAAUGGUGUUACGUACGCAUGUGAUAUUUGCGAAAAGACAUUCUCACAAAAAGCUAAUCUCAAAGCCCACAUCGAUUCGUUCUCAGAGAAUGGUAAUCUUAAAAGACACAUAGAUACUGCACACAAUGGCGUUAGACAUGCAUGUGAUAUUUGCGGCGAAUCAUUUACUCAAAAAGUUAGUCUCAAAAAGCACGUCGAUGGAAAACAUAAUGGUGUCAAACAUGAAUGUGAUGUUUGCGGCGAAUCAUUUACUCAAAAAAAAGUCAUUUUCACUUAA